UGGUUGGGCGGGUGCUGUUUUUAUGUUGAACGACCCACCCAAGCUCUUCGAACCCAAUAUCUUCCCCCUUGUGCCUCUCCAUUUAUCGCUCCACCUCCUACGUUGCCAAAGAUCGUACACGCAAGAAUUAAACGUGGGCUCAGCUAUCGCACUCUCCCCCUCCCUCUCCCUCUCCCUCUCCCUCUAUUGCUCGUCUGCUCUGUCCAUGGCUCUCUCCACCGAUAUCCUUUUUCGCUGCACUCUCCCUCUAUUGCUUGUCUGCUCUCGGCGGUGGUGACCAGAUUGCACUUGGAACGACCGGAGUUUUGGCAGCGACGUUGAUCAUCCAGGUAAUUACCAGAAAAUUAAAUUUAAAGUGAAUGUGAAUGGAUGGCCCCAUUUUAAAGUUCCGCCUUGGAUUCUCCAAAGCUCAGGGAGAUUCGCCUCGAGAGAUCACCUCCCGCAGCAACCUGUCAAGUGACACUGGUGAGAAUGGGUGGCUCAUUCGGUUCUUUGACUCAGCAUUUUUCUGCGAGUGGAUCGCUGUUAGCUACCUAUACAAGCAUGAGCACUCGGGGGUACGUGACUACCUUUGUAAUCGAAUGUACACUCUUCCCUUAUCGGGUAUCGAGAGCUACUUGUUUCAAAUAUGUUAUAUGACAGUGCACAAGCCUAGCCCGUCUUUGGAUAAGUUUGUGAUUGAUAUGUGCUCUAAGUCGCUUAAGAUAGCCCUGAAGGUGCAUUGGUUUUUAUUGGCGGAGCUUGAAGACUCUGAUGAUAAUGAAGGAAUUAGUAGGAUUCAAGAGAAGUGUCAGAUUGCGGCCACUUUGAUGGGUGAGUGGCCGCCUUUGAUACGUCCUCAAAGUGAGUCGGCCAGCCCUGGGAGCAAGAACCAGGUAUUGAAUAAAAUAUUGUCAUCAAAACAGAAGUUGUUGUCACUAACGUCUUCCCCACCUGCUCAGAGGUCUUUUUCUUUCUCGCCUUCAUCAGGGAACAAUCUGCAAGAGGAUGGUGGUCUGUUCUCUCCUGAUGAGAACAAAAUAUUUAAAAAAUUCAUACCAGGGCCAAAGGUUCGAGAUGCAUUGCUCUUUAGGAAGUCGGUGGAGAAAGAUGAGGAUGACUCUGAAAAAGAUGGGUUCUUUAAGAGGCUUUUAAGGGACAGUAGAGGUGAUGAGGAGAUGGGUUCUAAGAUUAGAGAUUCUUUGCUUUUCAGGAAGUCGUCAGAGAAGGACAAUGAUGAUGCAGAAAAGGAUGGGUUCUUUAAGAGGCUAUUAAGGGAUAGUAGAGGUGAUGAUGAGGAAUUGACAUCGAGCUCAGAUGGAUUUUUUAAGAGAUUGUUUCGUGAUAGUAAAAGUGAUUCUGACGAUAAAUCAAUUUCUAAAUCAGUGGAAGAUGAAGAAAAAGAUGGGUUCUUUCGGAAGUUUUUCAAAGAUAAGUUUGAGGACAAAAAAGAUCGAAUUGAUAAGAAUGUAGAUGAGGAUGCACCGUACUCUGAAGAAAGAUGUUCAAGAUCAGCUGAAGAUGAUGAAAAAGAGGGUUUCUUCCGAAAACUCUUCAGGGAUAAGUUUGACGACAAGAAAGAUGGGAAUGAUAAAACUGAGGAAGGGAGUGCCAAUGGUGAGGAAGAAGAGCCUUCUGACUUUUCAUUGUUCCGAAGAUUGUUCCGUGUGCACCCUGAAGAUGCGAAAAGUACUGCUGCCACUGAAAACAGCAAUAAUGGUGGCUUGUUAGAAAGUAGUCCAGGGACUGAGAAUUUUUUCCGCAAAUUGUUUAGAGAUCGUGACCGUUCCGUUGAAGAUUCGGAGCUAUUUGGUUCAAAAAAACACAAAGAGAAACGCCCUGGUUCUCCAAAGCAACAAAAUGAAAAGUCAAGUGCAAAACCCCCACUUCCAAAUAAUACAGCAUCCCAAUACCGUAAAGGGGCUUAUCAUGAGUCGUUGGACUUUGUGCAGUCACUAUGUGAGACGUCGUAUGGUUUAGUGGAUAUAUUUCCAAUUGAAGAUCGCAAGAGUGCUCUUCGUGAGUCACUUGCAGAGAUCAAUUUGCACAUUGAUGAGGCUCAAAAUAGUGGAGGAGUUUGCUUUCCAAUGGGGAAGGGGAUGUAUCGCGUGGUUUAUAUUCCGGAAGAUGAAGCUGUUCUUUUGAAUUCUAGGGAAAAGGCACCUUAUCUAAUCUGUGUUGAAGUCUUGAAAAGUGAAAUUCCAGGCAAUCCAAAGGACAUAUCUGGUUCUCAAAAGCUUUCUCGAGGAGGAAUUCCUUUAGCAAAUGGGGAUGCACUUCUGACAAGACCACCUCCCUGGGCAUAUCCAUUGUGGACUGUCCAGGAGGUCUAUCGUAAUAGUAAUGAUAGGAUGUCGAGCUCGACUGCUCAAGCAAUUGACCAGGCAAUGUCACAUACGUCAGAGGCAAAAGUGAAAUUUGUUACUGUUAAAAUAUCUGUGGAGAAGAAAUUGCAUGGCCAGACAGUGACAGCAGAGAAUAUAUCAGGGAGUUGUCAACGUGGAGAGGCUGUAACUGCAUCAAAAGUAGCGCAAGGGAGUGAUUUGGAGUGGGUAAGGGUAGUGCUAACUGCAGAUCCUGGUGUUAGAAUGGAGGACAUUGAGGAUCAGGGACCCCCUCGACGGAAGGAACAUCGUCGUGUUCCAAGUACAGUGGCUAUAGAGGAAGUAAAGGCUGCUGCAGCGAAAGGAGAAGCUCCUCCUGGACUCCCUCUGAAAGGGGCUGGUCAGGAUUCGUCAGAUGCACGGCUAGUGGCUAAUGGCAGUACUCCCGAGGCCAGCAACGCCUUGUCUGGCGAACUUUGGGAGGUAAAGAAGGAGAGGAUACGCAAAGCUUCAGUUCAUGGAAAACUACCUGGUUGGGACUUGCGCUCUGUUAUUGUGAAGAGUGGUGAUGAUUGUAGGCAGGAGCAUCUUGCUGUGCAACUUAUUUCUCACUUUUAUGAUAUAUUCCAAGAAGCUGGUCUUCCCCUCUGGUUGCGCCCUUAUGAAGUCUUAGUUACUUCUUCCUACACAGCUCUCAUUGAAACAAUUCCAGAUACGGCUUCACUUCAUUCCAUCAAAAGUAGAUAUCCCGACAUCACGAGCUUGCGAGACUUCUUUAUUGCUAAGUAUCAAGAAAAUUCUCCAAGUUUUAAACUUGCCCAGAGGAAUUUUGUUGAAAGUAUGGCCGGAUAUUCCCUGGUGUGCUACCUUCUGCAAAUAAAGGAUAGGCACAAUGGAAAUCUCUUAAUGGACGAAGAGGGUCAUAUUAUACAUAUUGAUUUUGGCUUCAUGCUCUCCAAUUCACCUGGGGGUGUAAAUUUUGAGAGUGCUCCAUUCAAAUUAACACGUGAACUUCUUGAGGUCAUGGACUCUGAUGCUGAGGGAGUUCCGAGCGAGUUCUUUGAUUAUUUUAAGGUUUUGUGCAUUCAAGGAUUCCUUACAUGUCGGAAGCAUGCGGAGCGCAUUAUUCUUCUUGUUGAGAUGUUGCAGGACUCUGGUUUCCCAUGCUUUAAAGGUGGUACACGGACAAUACAGAACCUACGGAAACGAUUUCACCUGAGUUUGACAGAAGAGCAAUGUGUGUCCUUGGUGCUUUCUUUGAUCAGCAGCAGCUUGGAUGCAUGGCGAACAAGACAGUAUGAUUAUUAUCAGAGGGUUUUGAAUGGAAUAUUGUGAGGUUAGAAUUCAUUGAUAAUCACAUGGUUUUGUUUGGAAAAGCCAGCUCAGUGAGUGUUGGUCAAAAAGUGCAUACGCGAGCUGGCUGUGUUUUCCUCGGAGGUGAAAAAGGGGAUUGUUUAUAGUGGUUUUGGCCUGUUUUUUCUGGGUGAGGAAUUUGUAAUUGUAUCGGCAAAAAUACAUAUUCUGCAUCUAGAAGGCUAAAAUUAAUUCAGAAGGGUAUAUUCAUUGUUCCCCUUGUUUCAUGUAAUAUGAGACUCUGCUGGCUGGUGGGAAUUCACUUAUUCUUGUGGGAACGUUCGACCCUACGGACCCUCCUCCCGUUCGUUGGACUCUUCAUACUGUACAGAGUGAUUGCAAUUGAGGACAGAGUAGAAAUCCAGUGGCUAUGACAGCCAUAUUUACUACUGAGUGCCAUUGCAACGUAUUUUACACUGGUUUGUGAUCCGGAUGAGCCAGCAUUAUUCGUUUUGUGAAUCUUCCAUUUUCAAAGUGUGGUCGGGUUUCAAUCUCCGUGACUUGGCUCAGCUGGGUGGCAUCUAUACAUGAGUCUGAUUUUUCCAUAUUCUUGUAUCAGAAAGCUUUGUUAGCAAAAUGCUUGAGAAUCUUCUGUAUGCGAUUGUAUCAUGUGUAACUGAUCCCAUUUACAUAGUGAAAUCUGUAGAUUCCAUUUUCAUCAUAUUAAUGGAGUUUUCGUGGCAUUGAAGUUUGCCUGCA